AUGAAUGAAAUCCAAUGGGAAAGAUUAAUAAAUACUAGUGACUUGCAAGUAAGUGAAAUAGAAGGAUUAAAUAUUGCAAAUCAACUUAAGCAUCGAGUGACAUUUAUUAAAUUUAAAUCCAAUGGUCAUACCUAUUCAAGGAUCUAUUAUCUGGCUCUUUCAGAAGAUGUCAUACAUUAUAAAGGAUCACGAAAUAAAUCUAAAAUUGAAGCAUGUAAAAUAAAAGAUAUUGAUCAAGUGCGUGCAGGUUUUACGACUGCUAUUUGGAAAGCAUAUUUAAAUAAACGAAAAAUUACGCGUGAUGAAGAAAAUUUAGCUUUUUCAAUUCUCUAUGACAAUAAUCGGCAUUCGCUUGAUCUACUUGCCGAAACCGAGGAAAUACGUUCGCAAUGGAUUGAAGGUUUAACAUUUCUAAUACGACGUUAUCAAUCUCAUAUGCGUACACAUCACGAAAUAACAAAUCAAUGGAUAUGGCAAGUAUUUUCACAAGCCGAUAGAGACCAAUCGGGAUGUUUAGAUCGGUCUGAAGUUCAUCAACUUUUAGUGUCAUUAAAUAUUAGAUUAGACGAACGAAGCAUUGAUACAUAUUUUAAUCGAGCAAAUACUCGUACGAAUAAUUAUGAGGAAUUGCAACAUUUAGAUAAAGACGAAUUUUUAACAUUUUACAAAAUCGUCUCAUGUCGGCCAGAAUUAAUUGAACUUGUUUGCCAAUUCAAUGGUAGUACAUCACAAAAAAAGAAGAAAGUACUGUCCGACUAUAAUAUUCUCAACAACUUAGCUCAUUUAAGUCCCGUUGCACAUCCACAAGAUACUUCUGCGAUAAGUUUUACAAAAUCAGUUAAUAAAAGACGAUCUUCGUUUAUUGCAUGCCGACGAGGAUCAUCAUUGGCUAAAACAGAGAAUCUAUCUACAUUAUGUGAUGUUACCGAUAAAAAUGAAUAUUUAUCUAUUGAACAGUUACAAGACUUUUUACAAAAAGAACAAUAUUUGAAAUCAAUUUCAAUUGCGGAUUGUGCAAAAUUAAUUGCGAAAUUUGAACCAUCUGUAGAAGGACGAGAAUCCGAAGAGUUGAGCGUCGAUGGCCUACGUUUACUUUUACUUCAUGAUGAAUUUUGUAUUAUGAAUCCAAAUAAAACUAGUCGAGUUUAUCAUGAUAUGACACGACCAAUUACUGAUUAUUUUAUAGCUACAUCACACAAUACUUAUAUUCGUGAUACUCAAAUCUAUGGCGAGUGUACGCCUGAAACAUAUAUUCAUGCAUUACGAACUGGUUGUCGAGCUGUCGAAAUGGAUUGCUACGAUGGAGAUAAUAUGGAACCGAUCGUUUAUCAUGGUAAAACGCUAACGACACCAAUUACAUUUCGAGAAAUCAUUAAGGCGAUUAAACCGGAAGCAUUUAGUGUUUCACCAUAUCCAAUUUUUUUAAAUAUUGAAAAUCAUUGUACAUAUGAACAACAAGGUAUUAUGGCUCAUCUGUUGAAAGAAGUUUUUCAAGAUCAUCUCUUGUCGAAGCCGCUAGUAGAAAAUUUCGACAAACUGCCAUCACCAGAGGAUCUCAAAUAUAAAGUGCUAAUUAGAAGUCGUCGAUAUCCGAAAGAAAAAACUGCAGCUGAUCCAAAAUCCGAUCCAAGCAAUGAUGAAACAGAACCGAAUCCUAAAGAUUAUCAUCCUGAGUUUUCAAAUUUAAUUAUCUAUUCUGAAAUUGUUUCCUUCAAAGAUAUAACACAUUCACUUUGCACACAAAAAUGUUUUCAUUCAAUAUCACUCAAAGAAUCAAAAGCAGAUGCUUUAAUUGAUGCGCGUGUCCCUGAUAAUCUUGAUCUGGUUCGUUUAACACAUCAUCGUCUAGUGCGUGUUUACCCUGGUACAAAACGACAGAAUUCAAGUAAUAUAGAUCCAGUUGACUAUUGGAAUUAUGGUGUACAAAUGGUCGCACUUAAUUAUCAGUCGAAUGAUAAUGCUAUGCAUCAACAACAUGGACUCUUUAGUGAUAAUGGAGGUUGCGGAUAUCUUCUAAAACCGUCCUGCUUGUUAUCCGAUGAUCCAUUAUUUGAUCCAAAAGCAACAAAUUAUAAAAAAGGCAAAUAUCUACAAAUUCGAAUAAUUAGCGGACAACACUUACCAAAAGAACACGGUUCUAUUAAAGAUAAAGAUAUUGUUAAUCCUUUUGUUGAAGUUAUUACCUAUGGUAUAAGACAUGAUUCAACUGAGCACCGUACACGAACGGUUCAUAAUAAUGGUCUCAAUCCAAUAUGGGAUCAUAAAAUUGAUUUAGAUAUUUAUUGUCCAGAGUUAUGUCUUGUUCUGUUUAAAGUACGCGAUGAAGAUCGAUGCGGGGCUUCGAAAUUUCUUGGACAAGCUUGUAUUCCAUUUACGGCCAUUCAACUUGGCUAUAGACAUAUUAAAUUGAAAGAGAAAAAUGGUGAUUACAUGUGUGGUACACUAUUUGUACAUGUUAAAAUUGAAGAUUUUUAA